GCUUGCACCGCGGUCGAUGGAUGGUGGCUUGCUUGGGAGGCCACCGCGCCUCUUCGAGAUCGCGAUCUUGCCACUUUGCCGUUGGAAAUUAUCCCCGAAAAGUCAGAGCUCGGGCCAUGGACGUCCUCACCGACGCGCAGCUCGCGGCGCUCAACCAAGCCAAGGUGGGCAUCCGCAUGGACAAUGAAAAGUACAUCCGCGCGCACCCCGAACUCGACCUCGUCAUGCGCGCGCUCGUCAAGGCCGUGCUCCGCGACCGCCCGGCCAAUGUGACGGCGUACGCGCACACGUACUUUGCCCGCGACCUCGACAUCCUCCGCGGCGAGAUCACCGGCGGCGACGCCAAGACAACACGGAGCUAACCCACUGUCAAUGCAUUGGUCUUAUGCUUGCAACCGAUA